AUGGAGAUUAAUUCUCCUCUCAAAUACUUCCAGUUCCCAGUGAGAAAUGAAUUUGACACGUACAAGAUAUGCGGUUAUGGGACCUCCUGCUGCCAGAGGAGGAGCUGUAUAAGGGGGGUUCGCAUUGGAACGUGCCCCAACAUCUAUGCCUGCUGUCUGAAAACGUGGAAUCCCAACUCAUCAAUUUCUCUGAUGUACUGAGACCCGGUGAGGCUUGGUCCCCACAAUCCAUGGAAGUCUGAACCUUACCUUCCUGAGUCCUCAUGGCUGGAACGAUCCCAGUGACCGCUGCUAAUCCAAUUACAGUAAAACCUUGGAUUGCAAGUCACUUGUUCUCCAAGUGUUUGGCAAG